AUGCAGGUGCGGGGGAGAUGCAGGUGCGGGGGAGAUGCAGGUGCGGGGGAGAUGCAGGUGCGGGGGAGAUGCAGGUGCGGGGGAGAUGCAGGUGCGGGGGAGAUGCAGGCAGUGGCAGCACAGCGGGGCAUGACGGUGCGCGUGUCAGCGCUGCCGCUGGUGGGCAUGGGGGCGCCAUACCACCGCCACGGCAUCCCCACCAUCGGCCCCGCCAAGACCAUGCCCAGUGGCGGGUUCAUCUACAUGGACGGAAAGCAGCUUGCAAAUGACGUGGCAGCGGGUCUGCUGGACCUCACGCUGCAGCAGUGGCAGGCAAUGAAGCGGUGGGUGGAGGCGCAGAGCAGCACGACAGGCGCCAUCGUGGCCGUGGGUGACGUCUUCCCGCUCGCCCUCGCCUGCCUCGCCUCCCACCACUCCACCACGCUCCCUGCCACUGCUGCGCCCAGCACUGCCCCAGCAGCAUCACGGGCAGCGGCACUGCCCUUUGCCUUCAUGGGCACGGCCAAGAGCGAGUUCUACAUCCGCGCGGACGACGCCCGCCUGCUGCCCUCGCAGGCCACAACAUUCGUGGAGAGGUGGUGGCACGGAGGGGGAGUGUACCACCCGUGGGAGCGAUGGCUCAUGGCGCAUGCAUGCUGCAGGCUGGCGGCAGUGAGGGACCGCCUCACUGCUCAGGUGCUCGCCCAGAACAUGCCCUUGGAGGAAGCUUCCCCCUCUGCUUCCUCCUCGUCCUCCCCUGGCACGGUGCAGGAUGGCAGCGAGGCAGGGCUGUUCAGACGGGGCAAGGUGGCGUACCUGGGCAACCCCAUGAUGGACCACAUCUCGCCAUCGCCCCACCUGCACACCUUCAUCCACACCCACCUCCGCGCUUGGCUGCACCACCGCACCACCCGUGAUGCGCACAGCGAGGGGGGCGCUCAUACCACGGCACCACACGGGGCGCCCCCGGGCGAUGCAGCGUGCCAGAGCAGCAGCAGCCCGUUCCGCCACGUGUUGGCCAUCCUGCCCGGCUCCAGACCGCCUGAAGUGGCGGGGCAGCUGUGCUGGCUGCCGCUCAGCCCCUCCCGAUCCACGUCAGAAGGGGCGGGAGGAGGGGCAGAGGCGGGGUGGGCAGAGCUGGACGGGGAGGGGUUGCUGCAGGGGCGUGUGCUAAUCCUACCUGAGCGAGAGGAAGGCGAGGAGGCACAUGGUAAUAGCAGAGCGUGGCGAGAAGAGAAUCGGGCUGUUGUUGCUCUUGGAGGGGCGCAAGAGGAGGGGAAGGGAGGGGGCAGUAUUGCUGCAGGGGGGAGCAGCGGUGGGGCAGCGAGCAGUGGUGUGAGGAGCACGGGGGGAGUGCGUGCGGUGGUGGUGGUGGUGAGGGGGGGAUUUGCAGAGUGCGCUCAUGAGGCUCAUGGCGCCCUGGCCAUGGCUGGCACGGCCACCGAGCAGAUGGUGAGAUUGGGAAGAUAA